UAUAUGGGUCAAGUUGUCUACCCGCGUCUAAUUUGAAACACCCUCUCUCAAUCACUCCGAUCUCUCGCUCUCGGAGUCUCGCUCUCUCUCGGUCUCUCGACUCUCUCCGGCGGUCUCUCCCUCUCUCUUGGUUCGCGGCGCAGCGGCGCUACCACUACGGCACUACCUCCGUCGGUCUCUCCUUCUCCGUCCAUCUCUCCGUCGGUCUCUCCGUCUCUCUUGGUUCGCGGCGCAGCGGCACUACCAGCCUCCCACUACCUUAAUGGUUCCAAAUACACCGACUAGAAGUCACCAGAAUAUUCGUUCUUGGAGUCCUAGGUAUGAAAGGGAUGACACAAGAAGUGAAAGAAGGGUGGGACGUAGGCAUUCUGACAGAGAGAAUUAUCUCAGAAGGGAAGCACGCUAUCGACAUGAUCAAGACUAUGAUGGAGAAUAUAGAAGCAAGCGAAGUAGAUAUGAAGGUUCAAGGGGUACACCUGGUAGAUCUGACUGGGAUGAUGGAAGAUGGGAAUGGGAAGAUACACCACGCCGUCGGGAUAGUCACUCUCAUACCAGUAGGCGCCAUCAACCUUCACCAUCCCCAAUGUUAGUUGGGGCAUCACCGGAUGCACGACUAGUUUCCCCAUGGUUGGGUGGUCACACACCUCUUUCUUCGGGUUCUGCCAGUUCUCCCUGGGACCAUGUCUCUCCCUCUCCAAUUCCAAUACGUCCGUCUGGAUCCUCUGUGAGAUCCUCGAGUUCUAGACAUGGUGGGAGGUCCCAUCAACUUAAUUUUUCUGUGGAAAAUUCAGAAGCAUUUGAGGAUGGAGGUGCUGAUAAGUCUGAUUUCUCUGAAGAGCACAAGUACGAGAUUACAGAAAGUAUGCGUCUCGAGAUGGAAUAUAAUUCUGACCGUGCAUGGUAUGACAGAGAAGAAGGUAACACAUUGUUCGAUGCAGAUACCUCGUCGUUUUAUCUGGGAGAUGAGGCUUCUUUCCAGAAGAAAGAAGCAGAAUUGGCCAAAAGACUGGUUCGGAGAGAUGGAACCAAGAUGACACUUGCUCAGAGCAAAAAGAUGUCCCAGCUCACUGCCGAUAAUGCUCAGUGGGAAGACCGGCAACUAUUGAGAUCUGGAGCUGUUAAAGGGACUGAGGUGCAGACAGAGUUUGAUGACGAAGACGAACGCAAGGUUAUUCUUCUUGUACAUGAUACAAAACCUCCUUUCCUAGAUGGGAGAGUUGUUUUUACUAAACAAGCAGAGCCAAUAAUGCCAAUAAAAGACCCAACAUCAGAUAUUGCAAUAAUUUCGCGCAAAGGAUCAGCUCUGGUUAGAGAAAUUCAUGAGAAACAAAGUAUGAACAAGUCACGCCAACGUUUUUGGGAGCUCGCAGGCUCAAAACUUGGUGAUAUUCUUGGUGUUGAAAAAACAGUGGAACAGAUUGAUGCCGACACUGCUGUUGUAGGCGAAGAUGGUGAAAUUGAUUUUAAGGAGGAUGCAAAGUUUGCACAGCAUCUAAAGAAGGGGGAAGCAGUAAGUGAUUUUGCAAAGUCAAAAACCUUAGUGCAGCAACGUCAGUAUCUGCCAAUCUAUUCUGUGAGGGAUGAGUUAUUGCAGGUAAUUCGCGAAAAUCAGGUGGUGGUGGUUGUCGGAGAAACUGGUUCAGGAAAGACGACUCAAUUGAUGCAGUAUCUGCAUGAAGACGGCUACACUACAAAUGGUGUAGUUGGUUGCACCCAACCAAGACGUGUUGCAGCUAUGAGUGUUGCAAAAAGAGUUAGUGAAGAGAUGGAGACGGAGCUGGGUGACAAAGUUGGUUAUGCUAUUCGUUUUGAGGAUGUGACCGGGCCAAAAACUGUAAUUAAGUAUAUGACUGAUGGAGUACUCUUGCGUGAAACACUCAAAGAUUCUGAUCUAGAAAAGUAUCGUGUCGUUGUGAUGGAUGAAGCCCAUGAGAGAUCACUAAGCACAGAUGUGCUGUUUGGGAUAUUGAAAAAAGUGGUUGCUCGGCGACGUGAUUUUAAGCUUAUAGUGACGUCUGCAACUCUGAAUGCGCAAAAAUUUUCAAAUUUCUUUGGAAGUGUACCAAUUUUCCACAUCCCUGGCAGAACAUUUCCUGUUAAUAUCCUGUACAGUAAAACCCCAUGUGAAGAUUACGUUGAAGGUGCAGUGAAGCAGGCUAUGACUAUCCAUAUAACCAGCCCUCCUGGUGACAUCCUCAUCUUCAUGACUGGCCAAGAUGAGAUUGAGGCAGCCUGUUAUGCCCUUGCAGAGCGUGUGGAACAGCUCAUAUCAUCCACGAAGAAAGCAGUUCCAAAACUUCUGAUACUCCCUAUAUAUUCACAGCUGCCUGCUGACUUGCAAGCAAAGAUAUUCCAGAAAGCUGAAGAUGGGGCUCGUAAAUGCAUUGUGGCAACCAACAUUGCUGAGACAUCUUUGACUGUAGAUGGAAUUUUUUAUGUCAUUGACACGGGGUAUAGUAAGAUGAAAGUAUACAACCCUAGGAUGGGUAUGGAUGCUCUCCAAGUAUUCCCUGUCAGUCGUGCUGCUGCUGACCAACGUGCUGGACGUGCUGGUAGAACUGGGCCUGGGACAUGUUAUCGCCUAUAUACAGAUAGUGCAUACCUAAACGAAAUGCUGCCAAGUCCUGUGCCUGAGAUCCAAAGGACGAACCUGGGCAAUGUAGUUUUGUUACUCAAAUCUCUCAAAGUUGAGAACUUGCUGGAUUUUGAUUUCAUGGACCCACCUCCGCAGGAUAAUAUUCUUAAUUCUAUGUACCAGUUGUGGGUCUUAGGUGCUCUUAACAAUGUGGGAGGCUUAACUGGUCUUGGCUGGAAAAUGGUGGAGUUUCCGUUGGACCCCCCACUUGCCAAGAUGCUUUUGAUGGGUGAAGAGUUAGGAUGCUUAGAUGAGGUGUUGACAAUUGUUUCAAUGCUUUCAGUGCCGUCGGUAUUCUUCCGCCCUAAAGAUAGGGCAGAGGAGAGUGAUGCUGCGCGUGAAAGAUUUUUUGUGCCGGAAUCUGACCACUUAACGCUAUAUAAUGUUUACACUCAAUGGAAACAACAUCAAUAUCGGGGAGACUGGUGUAACGAUAAUUUUUUGCAUGUGAAAGGGUUACGAAAGGCUAGAGAAGUGAGAUCCCAGCUGCUGGAUAUUCUCAAGACACUAAAAAUCCCUUUGACAUCUUGUUGGCCUAAUUCAGAUAUCGUGAGAAAAGCCAUAUGUUCUGCAUACUUUCAUAAUGCAGCAAGAUUAAAGGGUGUGGGUGAGUAUGUGAAUUGCAGGAAUGGGAUGCCUUGCCAAUUACAUCCGAGCAGUGCUCUCUAUGGUAUGGGUUGCACUCCAGAUUAUGUGGUUUAUCAUGAGCUGAUUUUGACAACAAAGGAGUAUAUGCAAUGUGCGACAGCAGUGGAGCCUCAGUGGCUGGCUGAGCUGGGACCAAUGUUCUUUUCCGUUAAGGGAUCGGACACAUCGAUGUUGGAGCAUAAGAAGAGACACAAGGAAGAGAAAACGGCCAUGGAGGAGGAAAUGGUGAAUUUGAGGAAGGUGCAAGCAGAAGCAGAAGCAGAGCGAGAAAGCAAGAACAAGGACAGGGAAAGGAGGGCAAAGCAGCAGCAACAAGUCUGCACGCCGGGUCUGCGCCAGGGCUCUACAACCUAUUUGAGACCAAACAAGUUCGGUUUUGUAAUUAGAAACUCUACUUUGUGAAAUAUCCAAUGCUAUUGAUAUGUUGAGUAUGAAGUGUAAGAGAAUCAAUGCAGUACUUGCGUAACGGUGUACAA